AAGUAGUGGUCGACCAAAGCAUCUAUCUAGUUAAGGAGCCCUUGUGUGUCCCGGAGGAGUCGGAGAAGCACCUCUCUUUGGACUAAGAACGACACGCCAGAUGGAGCAUCCGGGUUAUCAUCGUGAUCUGCUCCAUGAUUUACUAAAAGCGAUGCGAUCGCUGGACGAGUCGCAUGCCCAAGGCCUAUUCGAAUUGCUGCGGGCGGAUUCGUCCGUAGAACAACUUCGGUCUUACAUUGACAAGACCUUGAGUGAAGUCCAAGUCUCCGAUCACGAUGGUGAGGCCAUCAGUAGUCUCGAACGUCUCUGGGAAACGGUGGAUAUAUCCAGCGGAGCACCGCCGUCUCGGCCCUCGGUGAUGGACCUUAACUACUUGUGUGAUAUUACACCUUUCCGUGUUCCAGCCAAACCGUGGACUACGGUGACGAACGAUGACAAUCUGGUGUCCCAUCUAGUGUCCUUGUAUUUUACGUGGGACUAUCCCUUCUAUGCCUUCGUUGACCAGAAAGCAUUCAUUCGCCAUAUGACCCUCGGAAACGUCGACUCCGACCUUUGCAGCCCGUUCCUCGUCAACGCUGUUCUCGCAAACGCAUGCGUAGGAACUCUCCUGCUCCCCCCUGGCUCGUUCCGGGUCAUACUGACGUCACGGCAUGGGACAGUAUUAUUCGCAAUACUCCGAAGCAUAUGUCGUGCCAGGAGACAUCGCCAGCCAAGGACGCAAUUUCCUGGCCGAGGCGGAACGAUAUCUACCAAGCCAUCAACUGGAAAAGAAUGGCGGGGUUCGGCUAGCGUCAUUGCAAGGGGCGUUACUCUUAUAUGAAAGGUAGGUGGCCAUUUCCCCUGUGAGAAUCAUCUGGAGGGUAAACGUAACCGUCCAUUCGGAUGGGCACUAGAUACGCCAUGUCGGGAGAGGACGAUCUCGGCUAUACCAUGCUCAAUUUGGCGAUCGAGAUGGCGGAGGCACUUGGCAUCAUCAACCGGGAGCCGCUAGAUCUCAGCAAAUUGCAGCUGUCCGACGAAAUGAUCACCUCCGUGAAGCGAACGGCAUGGGGCGUCUUCCAGGUCGACACGUAGGUCUCUCCCCAUUCAUGUUUGUCGGUAAUUCCCAGUCCUUCUGAAUCCGCGACACUGAUGUCGCCGCGACGACAGGGUGGUCCAUACCAACUUUUUGAAGCCCAGCCGGGU